UGGAAAGCACCUAUGGCACAGGGAAGAAGCGAUCUCAUAAUGAAAGUGAAAACAAAACUAAAAACGGUAUAAAUAUCUCCGGUGGGAGAGGAGGCUGUCCAGAGCGUCUGCUUCAACUUCACAGGAAGAUCUGAGGAAACGUUGGGGAAAAGAGGAAAAACUACCUGAGGAGAAUCUCUGAUAAGAAGAUGGGAGGAUUUUUCAGUUCUACCACCAAUGAGUCUGAAUCUCAUGAUGAGUCUGAAUCUGACUAUGAUAAAUAUGAAGACAUCAUGGAGGCUGAAACCACAGGAGCUUCGUGGGAAACGGCUCAGCAGGACAAGCUGGAAUACUCAGAUAAAUAUGGAGACAUCAUGGAGGCUGAAACCACAGGAGCUUCGUGGGAAACGGCUCAGCAGGACAAGCUGGAAUACUCAGGUCCGGCCGCUUCAGAAAAAAUGGCAGAGAUGGAUGCAGGAAAAAUGGAGAAAUACAAGACAAAGAUCUUGAAUGUGGCAGACUUCUUUGAAAUUGAUCCAGCCGUCAUUGCUGCCAUCAUCUCCAGAGAGUCGAGGGCUGGAAAUACUAUAAAAGAUCAAGAUGGCUGGGGAGACUGGAACCCAAAAAGAAAUGCAUACAACGCCUUUGGACUGAUGCAGGUCGAUGUCAAUCCCAAAGGAGGUAACCACACUGCAGAGGGUAGGUGGGACAGUGAGAUACAUAUUCAACAAGGAACACGGAUCUUGGUUGAAUUUAUCGACAAAUUCUCCUCGUGGCCCAAGGAGCAGCAGCUGAAAGGAGGGAUAGCGGCGUACAACGUGGGGGAUCUAAAAGUCGAGUCUUAUGGAAACGUGGACAAGCUCACAACAGGCGGAGACUACUCCAACGAUGUUGUUGCAAGAGCAAAGUGGUACAAAGAAAAUUUUAGCUUUGAGUAGCUGAAGAUGUCCUCAUUGCCUGCCGUUGAUGGGCUUUUGGACCCAGUAGAGACACAAUUCAGACCGAAGGUGGAUAGACUAUAAAUGGGUCCGAGUUGGACUUUAUCACUCAGACAAGGAGCCUUAUGUUUGCUCGGGUCGAUUGAUCAUUGGUAGAUUCGGAUCCCUGUUGGAACUGAGCUGAUACCCAGCUGAUGGUGGUGGUGUACCCAGAGGAUACUGCGUGUAGGUGGCAGGACAAGUUUGGGUGAAAAUGAAUCGCAUGGAACAAACAAGUGCCUGAUUGGAUGGUGGUGUGCCAUCACGUUGCACCUAAGAGGGACAGGCAUCGCUGUUUUUCCCCAGGUGUAUUUGAGGUUAUUGGCUUGUGGCUAUGUUGCUCCCUUGAGGAGUGUAAUGCAAGGUGGCAGGUUGUGUCACGAACUGGAAAGUUAGUAGUUUAACUGGGUUUAUACCGCAUUAGAUCCCUUGAUGAGUCUAAAGACCUGGGGCCUCAUCUAUAAAGCUUGCUUGCGCACAAAAAGGGCCUGAAAGAUGCGCAAGCCACCUUCUACGCAAAGGCUGGGAUCUAAAAAGAAAAAACUAACCGAAAAAUCUGCUUAUCUUUACGGCAACCCCGACCCUCCCGUAGGAACUUACUUAAGACAUGGGGAACUGGGGACGCAGGCUGUGAGGUGGUGAAAUGAAGCCAGAUUCAUGUCAUACUCUUAAUAAUGUCAACACAUAUCACAACAUAUAUCAGACUUAUAAUAAAAUAGCGCUGAUCGUGUCCCUCUGUGUUUGAAGCUCAGCGUCAGUCAGGACUCUGGUGCUGCUGCAGCCGCGGUGCAGGACACGCCGGGAACCUCCUUCACCCACCGCUUUAGGACAGAACAAAUGAGGCUCCGUAGAGCGUUUAGGGGCCCUACGGAGCCCCUAAAGGGACACAGAUUUUCUUUCAUAUAUAUAAUGAGUUUUACGCGCGCAUGAAACCUUUACAUGCGGGUCUUAGCCUAAAUUAGGCUUCCGCGUUAAAACGAC